GUGUAUGAUCAGCCAUGAUCACAGUGAAUGGCGGUGCUGGCUAGAAGGGCCGAAUGGCCUGCUCUUGCACCUAUUGUCUAUUGUCUAUUGUCUAAUGGUGGAGUGCUUUACCCAUGAUGUACCGGGCCAAUUCCACUAAGUUUAGGAGAAACCAAAGUUUGAAGUUAUAGUCAGGCAUAAACCUCAUUGAAAUCUGCCUUUGAGACCAGUCCAGCGCACUGCGUUUAUCGUGGGACUCACCACUUCCCACCUCCUCUGCUGUUUGGGUCACUGCGCUUGACUAAGAAGUUCUAUUACAAACUUUUCCCAUCAUGGGCUGCCCGUGAGUAAAUGUGUUAUAGUUUCCUCCCCACCCUGACUGGCUUCAUACUUUCUGUUUCGGAGGAUGACCUGCGAACUGCGGUUCCAUUCUGACAAACAAGGGAGGGUGGGGAGGGGGAGAGAGGGGAGAGGGAAGAGAAAGGAAUAGAGGGAGAGGGAGUCAGAAAUGGAAUGGAGAGAGAAAGGGAAUGGAGGGAGAGGGAGAGAAAGGGAAUGAGGGAGAGGGAGAGAGAAAGGGAAUGGAGGGAGAGGGAGUGAGAAAUGGAAUGAAGGGAGAGAGAAAGGGAAUGGAGGGAGAGGGAGAGAAAGGGAAUGAGGGAGAGGGAGAGAGAAAGGGAAUGGAGGGAGAGGAAGAAAGCAAGAGACGAGGGAGAAGGAAGGAGAGGGGAUUUGAAGGAGAGCGAGGGAGGAGAAAAAGACAGGGAGUGGGUGGAUUUUGAAGGAGAGGCAGAGAGGGAAAUUGAAGGGGAAGGGAGAGAGAGAGAAAGGGGGAGAUUGGAGUGAAACAGGGUCAAUGAGACAAAGGUUUUGGGGGAAGGAGGGAUGAGUGGACAGAGUGGGACGGGGAAUUGGAGGGAGUGAGAGAGGGAGUUUGGAGGUGGAACAGGAAAGGGAAAGAGGGAUUGGAGGCAGAGUGAGAAAGGGAUUAUAGAGGGAGAGAGGGAUUGAAGGUAGGGAGAGAGAGAGAGAGAAAGGGAUAUUGGAUGGUGAGGGGUGAGAAAGAGAGGAGGAACAGAAGGAGAGAGAGAGGUGGGGGAGAGUGAGGGAUGGAUUGGAGGGAAAUGGACUGUCAGAAAAAAAAGUCACAUCUGUAAUCAUGAAAUAUGAGUGAGAUAAGGGGUUUUCUUUCCCCUCCCCCUCUCGAGGACAAGUUUCUAUGUUUCAGGCAACUUGCCUGAAAAUUAGACUGAAACCAGCUUUAAAUUGGGUCACUGAGUUGGGCUGUCUCUGCUCGUAUUGGCUGAGGAUAAGGGCUUCUGUAAAACUCAAACUGAGGUAACCACAGAAGGGCUGUGGUUUACUUCUGAACUGUUAUAACCAACAACACACUCGAUCUCACAACGCGACCUAGACUCCAGUGGAUUAGGAGCAGAAAUCAAGCGACCCGGAAAUUGUUAGCUCUGCAACAGCCGUCUGUCUCGGGACUCGCUGGUGCUCCCGAUCUUCCAUCGUCUCUUGCUUCUUGCUGACCCUUGGAUUAUCAACUCUGGGCGGUGAGACAAGUUGCCUGUGGCUGGUUCCCUGCCUCGCCUUGCUUCCAGGUGCCUCAGUCUCGUGGUGGUUGGGCUCGUGUGGAGAGACACAGGAGGGACUUCGACACAACAUGGCUUGGAAGGGAAGGCAACCACGUGAUUAGAAGACUAACCUGACCAGGAAAAUGCUGACCACAUCAAGCCCAAAACCCAAAAACUCCAAGGAACAGAUGAGUCCCCACAGCCCCCGGAAGCAACUGUGCAAUGGAGAAUAUCAGAGUUCCUGGGAGGAGGAGGAAGAAGAUCAGAGCAAGCUGCUGUCCCGAGGCAAGCUCAGUCUCUUCGACAAGCUCUCGCUGUCCCACCAGGUUUGGCUGCAGCUCGGAGUCGAGCCGGAGCAAGUCAGGGAUAUUCUCAGAAAGCAGCCCCCGGGGGCAUUUCUGGUUUGGAAUAAUAACUGUGGACGAAGUAAGAUCCUGACAGUCCGUUUGGAACACGGGACCUAUGAAACAGAGGAUUUUAUCAUUAAGGAGAGACGCUCAGUUUAUUACCUGGAACGUUCCUACCUGGGGUUUACCAGCAUCUUCCAGCUGAUUGGUUACUACUGCGUCAGCAGGGAUGUUCUACCCUCUCGCUUGCAACUACCACUUGCCAUCUUGUGCGCAACCUACAAGGAGGAACUGGAGGAGAUCUCAGCGCUUGGCAUGAUGUUCUGGGACUUGCCAUUGAACCAAAAGCAAGAUGGAUGCUCCCAGGAAACCACUGGUGACACCAUGGAGGUAAACACAACCACAUCCACGGCAGAGCUUCUGAAGCAUCAGCACCUCCCGAUGUGUUCCAUCCAGGUCACCGCAGAGAACGGGGCCCUCUUCUUCAUCAACCCCCUCUUCCUCAAGGAGCACGGCGACAACUGGCUGGAGCAGGCCCGGCCCUCCGGCACCUUCCAACACUCUCGCUUGGCCUCCAGGUGCUGGAAACGCUCGGCCCCUCAGAAACACCAGGAGACCCUCAGCCGCAAUGACAGCGAGAAGUCGGAUUCAGGGAAGAGUGUGGAGGAGGAGGAGAUAUUUAAAGCUGAGAGCGCAGAGGCGAGCGCAGAGCCACCGUCGACAGCCUCGAGGAGGAAGACCUUCAGCCAGCGGGCGGCCUGGAGCUGGGGCGACAACCCCGAGGGGGAAACGGCGGAGGAGGUGCCGAGCCCCCGGGGAGGUGGCGUGGGGAGCAGCACCCUGCCGCCCUACUACCGCGCCUCCUGGAUGGAGAGCGGGGGCCUCAAGUGCCCCUCGUCCCUCCGCAAGUCGCACUCAGAGAGCUCGCUGCUGGCCUGCGACAGCCCGGUGCUGCCGCCCAUCUCAGAGCUGGACUCGCUGUCGGUCAGCAGUGUGGAGGAGGAGGUGGCGGCAGCCGGCCCGCUGACGCCCCACCGGCAGCGGUACAAACGGCAGUCGCACGGCCUGACCGACAAGGUGAGGAACCGGCUCUCGGCCGUCAGCCACGCCUUCACCGGCCUGGUGUCGGCCGACCGCAGGAUCAGGAACAAAAUCGAGGAGCUGUCUCACAACAAGGACUGCUACUUCGGCAGCUUGCUCCAGGGCUUCGUCUCCUACACCAUCGAGGGCAGGGGCAAGCACACCAGCAGCACCGAGAUGCUCCAGGGCAUCCAGCAGAUGAUCACCAGCCUCCGUACCUACCUGACACAGAGCUCGGAGCUCACCCACCUGCUGGACCAGAGCGACCACGAGGAGUGUGACACAGAGGUUGCCAUCCAGAAGGCCUUGCAGAAGUGCGUGCUGAAACCGUUGCGUGACAACAUCUAUGCCUGCCUGCUUGACUUCCACACCAAGGACGGGUCUCUGAAGAAGCUGACGACCAACCAGCUGAUCCUGCAGAGUCAGAGCCCAGCGCAGCUGGGGGUGACGGCCAACGUUCCCGACGCUGUGGCCCUGGAAAAGAUCCAGCAGAAGUUUGCUGCCAUGCACCUGGCCUACUCACCCUUCAAGAAGGUGGCACAGCUCCUGAAGGCCUGCAAGCUUAUCUACGAAGCAAUGUCUGGCUCAUCAGGGAAGCCCUACGGUGCCGACGACUUCCUUCCGGUGCUGACAUACGUCCUGGCCACCAGCAACCUGACCAACCUCUGGCUGGACGUGGAGUACAUGAUGGAGCUGCUGGAUCAAAACCAACUUCAGGGUGAAGGGGGAUAUUAUUUAACAACCAUGUUCGGCGCUCUGUUCCACAUCAGCAACUUUCAGACCCGGUCGCUGACCCGUCAGAUUAGCGAUGAGGCCAAGUCGUCUCUCUAUCAGUGGCAGAGACGGAGGACGUUGCAUCACAACCAGUCCAAACGGCGCUCGGCACAGGAUUUGCUGUCGAUCUCGCUACAAGAGCCCGGAGGGAAGCAAGUGACCAUCCUGGCUCCCGCUCACAUGACUGUGACAGAGGUGUGCAAGGCGUGCGCCGAGAAGUUUGCAGUGUUGAAGCCGGAGGUCUACAGCCUCUACUUGGUGAGGGGCGGCUCCUACCAGCAACUGGAGGAGGACACCUGCCCCCAGCAGGUCAAGUAUGAGAUGCGUCAGAGGGAAGAGACAGCCUUCGUUUUUGUGUACGCAGCCGCUAAGGGGGAGCCGUGCUCCCAGCACGAGGAGCAGCUGACCCCGUUGUGAGAAGCCCCCAUCCCUCCGCCCCACACCAGCAAAGCAGGACUGCCGGGAAGUUCCAGACCAAAAUCCAAGGGUCUAGAUCUGGCUCCCCGUUGUGAAAUGCCACGGCUGGUCACCGAUGGAUUGUUGGGACUAUCACGUGUCCAUAUGGAUGCAUCUGCCUGCCUGCGUCGAACAACUAUGUUUCUGUUAGAGAUGGAUGUCUGGUAUCAGAACCUAUCUCAAUACUCAGUUUACCCUCCCAGCGGUUUAACUCACCCAGAGCUUCUGCACUGGGGAUCAUGCCUUCAAACGGUCAUUCAUCCCGACAGCCUUAAACAGAGACUCCUCUCGUGGCCAUCCCCCACAGCCCCUGCGUUGCUGGGUUACCUGGAAGCCCACUCUCGCCAGACUGUCUCUUGUCAUUUGGAGAUUACAGUAAUGCAGACAACAGGGGAAAUCACAACCAGCAAUGUCUGACGCAGUCUCAGACAGGAAGAGACACAACAAAUGGAUCCAGGACGAGACGGGGCACAGUUAAGUGCUGAAAGAAGUGGGACAAAUAUUGAAAUGUGACAUACAGCAAUUUCCAGUUACCCCAACCCUACAAAUAAAUUAUAUUUUGUUUGUAAUAUUGGUUAUAGUACCUUGUAAAGAUUUUUAAAUAAAUAUUAUACAUUCUGGGUCA